UGUUUGGACUGGUUUACUUGAGGCAAUGGCAGACGAUAUAGAUGAUCUUCUUGAUGAAGUGGAGACUAAAUACUGUUCGAGGGAUAAACAGAAAAAUAGAAAAUUGAACAGAAAUAGAAAAUCAACAGAUGAUGACUUGGAUGAUAUUUUGAAUGAUAUCACAGUGGAUCCUGAUUUCAAACCAGUGAAAUCAAGUGAGAUUAAAUCAAGCAAUCGAACUGUACCCCGUCCAGAAUCUGCCCGAAAGUGUUUUCCAUUGUACUUGGGAGGCUCUGCUAGCUCUCUAGGAAUAGCCAAUUCUUUGACUCCAAGGUCCUGUGAUAAAAUGCGAUGUACAUCAUGUGAUUUUAAAAUUGCCAUUUUUGACAAUUUUGAGUGGGAUGCAACAACCGACUACCUUUUUCUUAGGAAUAAUUGUCCAGACUUUCAAAGAUUGAAAUCAAAAUUACGGUCCAAAAAAGGUUGUCGAGCCUAUUGUUGCCAGUGUUCUCAUCGCUCAAACACCACAUUAGAAAAACUGACUGACCCAAAUCUGAAGUGGGUGUGUGGGAAACAUUGAUGACAACCAAUACUUAGGACUUCAUCAUCAAUAUACAUUACAAAUUGAUUUAAUUUCUCAUCAAUCAUUUCACUAUUCCUUUGACAAGUUUUACGGUAGAGAGAUUUGAUAUUUUUUAAGAUUUAGAAGGAUCUAUAGUUUACAUUCCUGAGAAAUAUUAGAUAAGGAACUCUGGAGUUGUUGUGAAUUGCUGACAGAUGAUUCUAGAUACAUAUUUAUUUUUUUUUCAGUAAGUUGUAAUCAUGUAUUGUUGGAAAAUCAAACAUAAAAAAUUAGCUGGAUGUUCUGAGUGUACAAUAUGAAUGCUUAAACACCUACUACUUUUGUGAUAUGACUUUUUGGGAUGUCUUUUAAGUGCUGACUUAUUGAAUCUGCUGUCUGAUUAUUAUUGCAUGAUGAUAUCAACAUAACCAUAUGUACAUAUAUCACAUAAGAUCAACUUAAAAAAGUACUGUUUGACAAGCCAUGUAUUGUGAGGAAAGCGUGAUUACCUUUUACGCUUUCACCUGUGUAAACACUGUAUGACAAGUCCCACGACGUGAUGGACAUGUCAAUACAUAAUGUGGGAAAUGUCAUUUUUUACUAUUUCUCCUGUCUUAGCACUGACAAACCCUGUGUCUUGAGAAGUGUGUUCUACUCCUACGUUCUGUGGAGACACUGACCAACAGGACUUGUAGGGAAGUGGAAGUAAUCUCCUGUCUAAAUAGUUUGACAGGCUCUGUAAGGAACUUGUCAUUAUGUGUAUCCAAUUCUCAUAUCUAACCACAUGUUAUGUUUACCCCAUUCUCCAGUCUAAGCAUUGUCAGACCCUUUGUUGUGAGAGGGUUAUCAAUAUGUUUACCCCAUUCUCCUGCCUAGGCAUUGUCCGACCCUUUGUUGUGAGAGGGUUAUCAAUAUGUUUACCCCAUUCUGUGGUCUAAACAUUGUCCGACCCUUUGUUGUGAGAGAGUUAUCAAUAUGUUUACCCCAUUCUGUGGUCUAAACAUUGUCCGACCCUUUGUUGUGAGAGGGUUAUCAAUAUGUUUACCCCAUUCUGUGGUCUAAACAUUGUCCGACCCUUUGUUGUGAGAGGGUUAUCAAUAUGUUUACCACAUUCUCUGGUCUAAACAUUGUCCGACCCUUUGUUGUGAGAGGGUUAUCAAUAUGUUUACCCCAUUCUCUGGUCUAAACAUUGUCCGACCCUUUGUUGUGAGAGGGUUAUCAAUAUGUUUACCCCAUUCUCCGGUCUAAGCAUUGUCAGACCCUUUGUUGUGAGAGAGUUAUCAAUAUGUUAACCCCAUUCUCCUGCCUAGGCAUUGUCAGACCCUUUGUUGUGAGAGAUUUAUCAAUAUGUUGUCAGACCCUUUGUUGUGAGAGGGUUAUCAAUAUGUUGUCCGACCCUUUGUUGUGAGAGAUUUAUCAAUAUGUUUACCCCAUUCUCCUUCCUAGACAUUGUCCGACCCUUUGUUGUGAGAGAUUUAUCAAUAUGUUGUCAGACCCUUUGUUGUGAGAGGGUUAUCAAUAUGUUGUCAGACCCUUUGUUGUGAGAGGGUUAUCAAUAUGUUGUCAGACCCUUUGUUGUGAGAGAUUUAUCAAUAUGUGACCAUUUUGUUGUGAGAGAUUUAUCAAUAUGUGACCAUUUUGUUGUGAGAGAUUUAUCAAUAUGUGACCAUUUUGUUGUGAGAGAGAUUUAUCAAAAUGUUUGAUGGGUUAUUUGGUGUGAGGCAUCCAUAUGUUUACCCCAUUCUUUUGUUUAAGCAGUUUAACAAGGCCUUGGUUGAGAGGAGUGUGUCAUAACGUUGAACUUUUCCUUUGUCAAAAAUCUGACAAGCCCUGUGUUUUGAGGGUUGUGUCACUAUGUUCACAUUUUCCCCUGCGUAAACACUGACAGGCCCUGGAUUUGUUUUAGGGGCAUGUCAUUAUGUUCACCUUUUUCCGCAAUCUAAACACCAAAAGGCCCUUGACUUUGGGGAGCAUGUCAUAUAUAGUUACCAUUUCCCCUGUCUAAUUAUGGACAGGCCAUUAGUUUUGGGGAAUGUGUCAUCAUUGUCACCAGUUCCCAUUUGUAAACGCUCUGGGUUUUGAGGGCAUGUCACUAUGUUCACCAGUUCCCCUUUGUAAACGCUCUGGGUUUUGAGGGCAUGUCACUAUGUUCACCAGUUCCCCUUUGUAAACGCUCUGGGUUUUGAGGGCAUGUCACUAUGUUCACCAUUUCCUCAGUGUAAAUGCCCAGGGUGUUGAAGGCAUGUCACAAUGUUCUCAUGUUUCCCUGUGUAAACGCCCAGGGUAUUGAGGGCAUGUCACUAUGUUCUCCAGUUUCCCUGUGUAAACGCCCAGGGUUUUAAGCAUGUCACUAUCUUCACCAUUAACCCUGUGUAAACGCCCAGGGUUUUGAGGGCAUGUCACUAUGUUCACCAUUUCCUCUGUGUAAACGCCUAGGGUGUUGAGGGCAUGUCACUAUGUUCUCCAGUUUCCCUGUGUAAACGCCCAGGGUUUUAAGCAUGUCACUAUCUUCACCAUUAACCCUGUGUAAACUCCCUGGGUUUUGAGGGCAUGUCACUAUGUUCUCCAGUUUCCCUGUGUAAACGCCCAGGGUUUUAAGCAUGUCACUAUCUUCACCAUUAACCCUGUGUAAACGCCCAGGGUUUUGAGGGCAUGUCACUAUGUUCACCAUUUCCUCUGUGUAAACGCCUAGGGUGUUGAGGGCAUGCGACUAUGUUCUCCAGUUUUCUUGUGAAAACGUUCAGGGUUUUGAGGGCAUGUCACUAUGUUCACCAUUUCCUCUGUGUAAACGCCCAGGGUGUUGAAGGCAUGUCACUAUGUUCAACAUUUCCCCUGUGUAAACGCCCAAGGUUUUGAGAGCAUGUCACUAUGUUCACCAUUAACCCUGUGUAAACGCCCAGGGUUUUGAGGGCAUGUCACUAUGUUCACCAUUAACCCCGUGUAAACGCCCAGGGUUUUGAGGGCAUGUCACUAUGUUCACCAUUAACCCCGUGUAAACGCCCAGGGUGUUGAGGGCAUGUCACUAUGUUCACCAUUAACCUCGUGUAAACGCCCAGGGUGUUGAGGGCAUGUCUCUAUGUUCUCCAGUUUCCCUGUGUAAACGCUGACAUGCCCAGGGUUUUCAGGGGCGUGCGUUAUGUUCAUCUUUCCCUUGUCUAAACGCUGUUUGACAGCCACAUUGCUGUGAUGGACAUAUCUUGUUUGUUUUUAUAUCACAGGUUGUUUUAAAUAAAGCUGAUAUGUAAAACAAA